UUGUGUGAUAUGCCUUAGAGAAAAUAAUGUUCACUUUGAUUAACCUACUCGGGUUCAUCGUGAUUGUCAGACUGGACCUUGUUAAAUGUAAAGAGAGCUUAACAGUUGCUUAUAUCGGCACCCAUACGGGUCCUGCGGGCGAGAAAGACGGAGAGAGGGUCUCUGGGGCAAUGCCGCUGGCACUGGAUACCAUCAACAAUGACAGUAGCAUCCUAGAGAACUACACACUUAACUACCUGUUCGCCGACAAUGAAGACAAUGCGUUGAUAUCAGUAGAGGCCGUCACCGAGCUUUGGGCACAAGGCGCAAUAGCGUUCUUCGGACCCGAGGAUUUCUGUAAGACGGAGGCGCGAGUGGCCGCAGCUUGGAACUUACCCAUGCUCUCCCACAAGUGUGACGACCCAAGCGUGUCGGACAAGGCUAUGUAUCCAACGUUUGCCCGUACCCACUCUCCCGGCUCCCUGACGGCGCGCUCCUUGGUGGCCCUAAUGGAAUACUAUCAAUGGAGGAAAUUCACCAUCAUCACCGAACAGGUGGAUGUGUACCGCCGGACGGCAGACUUCCUUGCCCAACUGGCUAGUAACAUGACUAUCCUCAACCAGGAGGGCUUUCCCGGCCCCUAUCUCUCCUUCUUCCACAAGGCCGAUCUUAUCCGUGCCAUUGACAGCACCUACGUUCGAACUAGAAUAUACGUUGUGUUGGCGUCCAAGCGAGCAUUUAUCGACUUUGCGCGAGUGUUCCAUAACAUGACAAAUAUCGACAAAAAAUCAUACGUGUUAAUCAGUGUUCAAGAGUCCCUAAUCUACAACCCUGAAGAGAACUUGAAGCCACUUUUUACAGAUCUGGAGACGGGCAAUCUUGGACAGAAAAACGAGUCUGUGAUGGCGUACAGUCGUGUUUUACAGUUAGUACUGAGUCCACCCACUAACCCAAACUAUGAGGCUUGGAAGGACAAUGUGCGAACUUACUUGUACAUGCCCCCAUUUAACAUGCGUCCUCUAGAUGACUUUCAGAUACGCAUUGGCUACAAACAGCAGAUCUCCAUAUUUGCCGCAUAUCUUUACGAUGCUGUGUUUGUGUAUGCUCGGGCUUUGAACGAGGUAAUCCUAAGAGGAGAUUCUCCGCGAAACGGGACAGCCAUUUUUGAGGGGAUUGCCGGAAGGUCUUAUCACAGCAUAAUUGGUAAUGAUGUCUAUAUAGACGAACAUGGUGACGCUCAGAGCAACCUCUCUGUUGUGGCGCUCAGGCCAUAUAAUAAUACAUUUGGGUACGGUUUACAAACAGUGGGCCAAUUCUUCCUAAGAGAUGGUAUCUCGGGAUCAGUGGAGUUCCACGAAAGGAUCCGCAUUUAUGAGGAAGUUCCCGUAGAUGAACCCAUUUGUGGAUUUUACAAUGAACGUUGUCAGCCGACUCCAGAUUAUACGACCGAAAUCGUAGUGGGUGUUCUAGGAGGACUUGUGCUGAUAAUUCUGCUGGUGACCGCUGUCCUCUAUAGGUGA